UCUAGUCCAAUGUUUGACAUGCUGACGUUUUAGAUCGCUCCAUUUUUACGCAGCCGCAAUUGCCUAAUCGCAUUAUCUCGCGCGAGACUUCGUGACAGCGCGCUAAUAUAGCAAACUAAUCACAUCAUUUCUACUUCCAAACUUCUCGCUAUACUUCUACUAAAGUUCCGCGAUUUGUCAAACCAGUGAGGGUAACAAGUUUACGGAGAAAAAAAACAAGGUCGGGGCUAACUAUCACUACAAGCUCCCCAUGCACGUGGAAUGAAAUAUUUGAUAACUUUUAGAGUUGACAUUUUCUCGUCAUUUUUCGGUGGUUGAGCCUGUCGUUAUCAUGGCAACGCUAGCCGGGCUUGAGUAUUCUCUGCAAAGGUCUGCCCGCCUGGGACUGGAGCUCCUGGAACGGGCCUCCAGGCGGAAGGUGCACUGGAGCAAGCCGCCGCCCACCUACACAUCUAUGGCAGAGAUCAACAAGGACCUCCACAAAAAAACAAUGGCGGAGCUGCAGGAGGCCUUUGCCAGCAUCAUUAAGUUCAUGGCGGAGUCCCACAUUCAAUGCAAAAGGUUCUACGACUCCGUGGGGUGCGCUCAAGGCUCCAUCAUAGAGAAGGAACAUGUGCCUCGUUUCCAUGACCACAUCUGGCCGACCAGAAAUGAGUACCCAUCUCAAUACAGGGGACGUUACUCCACAUCGCUUUGGAGAGACCACCAAAGAAGUUCUGGGCCAGAAUCAAGAUGCAAUGGACAACUUGUACGUGGAAGUGGCUCUGGAAUCCAACCAGGCCGGCACACAGCAACAAACCAAGAUGGUUGCCCACGGUGAUGGGGAUACCUUCAGCAUCACAUUUAACCACUGAGCCAAACCAAACCUGUGUGUGUGCUUGUGUGUGUGACAUCAACCUAAACAUUUAUUUUUUUUAUGUCAAUUAUCUAUUUUUGUAGCCUGUAUAUUUUUAUCAACAUGAAAUGACAAUGAAGCCUCACAAUAAAGUUUUUUAAAUUA